CUUGGAGCUUUGUACCGGUGGUGGGAGCAGAUCUCGGAAUAGUGUGGAGACUCCAGUAGUUGCUUGGGGAAGCGCUCCUCCAGGAGUGUGAGGAAGAGGCUGUCUGUGUCAUUAUGUGUGCGUCGGUCAAGUACAAUAUCCGGGGUCCUGCCCUCAUCCCAAGAAUGAAGACCAAGCACCGAAUCUACUACAUCACCCUCUUCUCCAUUGUCCUCCUGGGCCUCAUUGCCACGGGCAUGUUUCAGUUCUGGCCCCACUCCAUCGAGUCCUCAAAUGACUGGAGCGUGGAGAAGCGUAGUGUGCGGGACGUGCCAGUGGUCAGGCUGCCAGCCGAGAGUCCCAUCCCUGAGCGAGGGGACCUCAGUUGCAGAAUGCAUACAUGUUUUGAUGUCUACCGCUGUGGCUUCAACCCAAAGAACAAAAUCAAGGUGUAUAUCUACUCUCUGAAGAAGUAUGUGGACGACCUUGGUGUCCCGGUCAGCAACACCAUCUCCCGGGAGUAUAAUGAACUGCUCACGGCCAUCUCAGACAGCGAUUACUACACCGACGACAUCAGCCGGGCCUGCCUGUUUGUGCCCUCUAUUGACGUGCUCAACCAGAACACACUCCGCAUCAAGGAGACCGCGCAGGCACUGGCCCAGCUCUCCAGGUACCACGCUUAG